UAUAUUGAUUUUGUGUUUACGUGUCCUCCUGAGUUGUGCUUAUUUUGCAGGUUUCCAUAGCCAUUACCCCAUUGGCUGCGUCUUCUUCUUCUUCAUCAAAUCCUCCAAAAAUGUCUGAAUCUGGGCAAAACAGAUAUGCAGUGGUAACAGGGGCAAACAAAGGUAUAGGAUUUGAAAUUUGCAGGCAACUGGCUUCAAAUGGGGUCAAAGUAGUGUUGACUGCAAGAGACGAAAAGAGAGGCAUUGAUGCCCUUGCCAAAUUCAAAGACACUCAUCUUUCCGAUCUUGUUUUAUUCCAUCAACUUGAUGUGCUGGAUCCUGUUAGUGUUGCUUCCUUAGCUCAGUUUGUGAAAACACAAUUCGGAAAGCUUGAUAUCUUGGUGAACAAUUCUGGGAUAGGUGGUGCUGUGGCUGAUGAAGAGGCUUUAAGGGCUGCAAGUAAUAGUGCCAAAGAGGCGGCUGCAGGAAGCCGAAUCGAGUGGGGAAAGAUAUUAAACGAGUCUUACGAGUUGGCUGUACAAUGUGUACAAACAAACUAUUAUGGGGCGAAAAGGAUGGUUGAGCAUUUCAUUCCUGUUCUGGAAUCAUCUGAUUCCCCGACGAUUGUGAACGUUUCUUCGUCCAUGGGAAAGUUAAAGGGUUUGAAAAAUGAAUGGGCUAAAGGUAUUCUUAGUGAUAUUGAAAACCUAACAGAAGAGAAAAUAGAUGAAGUAGUUGGUGAAUAUUUGAAAGAUAACAAAGAUGGCUUGUUAGAAGCCAAAGGUUGGCCUCCUUUAAUGUCAGCAUAUAUCCUCUCAAAAGCAGCCUUGAAUGCAUACACAAGAAUUUUGGCGAAAAAAUACCCAAGUUUUCCCAUCAAUUGUGUCUGCCCAGGCUUUGUUAAAACCGACCUUAACUAUAAUCUUGGCAUACUAAGCGUCGAAGAUGGUGCAGAAACUCCCGUUAAGGUUGCAUUGUCUCCCAAAGGGAGUCCUUCCGGGUGCUUCUUCGAUAGAAAUGGUGUCACAUCAUUUGAAUAAAUGUAUGAUUUGUUGUAUGUAUAAUUCAACAUUGGGACAAUGGUCACUCUUGUAUCCUAUGGUAAUGUUGUUUUGAGAUUUGAGUUUAUGGUUC